AUGCUUGGAGGAUGGAAUUACAUUACAAAUCUGGAGUACCAUUAUAAUGGUCGAGUAGUUAUAGCAUGUAGACCUGAUUACUAUCAAGUCAGGUACAUAAGUGGAACUGCCCAAAGCAUAACAUGUUUAGCUACAGAUGUUGUUUUUCAGAAGGAGUAUUAUAUGACAGUUGUGUACGUUUUUAAUACAAGGGAAGAAAGAAGAAGUUUAUGGCAAUACUUAGAAAGUAUGAGUGGAGAAAUAAAGCAACCAUGGUUAGUAACAGGGGAUUUCAACUCUAUCCUGCAAGCAGAUGAUAGAAUAGGAGGACUUUCAGUUACUAUGGGUGAAGUGGUGGAUUUCCAAGAGUGUAUUGGUUCUUGUGAACUCAUGGAGUUACCAUGUGGAGGAUGUAGAUACACAUGGAAUGACAAACAUGGUGAUAAUAGAGUUUUUUCAAAAAUUGAUUGGGCAUUUGUCAAUAGAGAGUGGCUAGAUAAUAUGCCAGUGGUUCAGGAUGUAUUUCUAGUGGAGGGAAUAAGUGAUCAUUGUCCACUUAGAAUAAAGAAAGAUACAGGAGGAUGGAAGAGGGCUAGAGCUUUUAAAUUCUGCAAUGUGUGGGUUUUACACCCUCAGUUUAAAGAGGUUGUAACACAGGGAUGGCAGGAACAAGUUUCAGGGUGCAGUAUAUUUCAAGUAGUUAAGAAACUGAAGUUACUAAAGAAUGAUUUGAAGAUGCUCAAUCAACAGCACUUUAGGAAUAUCUUAACAGAGGCUGAGGAAGAUAGGGCAUCUUUAAACCAAGCCCAGAAUAGAUUGCAUUCUGACCCCUCUAAUAAAACUUUACAAGAACAGGAGACAGCCAUGUACCAGAAAUUCAGGAAUUCCUCUUAUCUAGUUGAAAUGUUUCUAUUACAAAGGAGCAAGGCCAUCACACAGAUCAAGGAUCAAAAUGGGGAACUAGCAACAUAUAAUAUAAGCAUAACAAAUGUUCUGGUAGAUUACUAUGAAACUAUGCUAGGAAGGAAAGAAAGAAGAAGAUCAAAAGCAUUUCAAAGCUUUUUGAAGAAUGGCACUACACUGAAUGUUAUACAACAGAUGGAAUUAAUACAACCAUUCACAGUUAAGGAGGUGAAACAGGCUAUGUUCAGUAUAGAUGUGAACAAAAGUCCAGGUCCAGAUGGUUAUGAUAGUGAUUUCUAUAAUGAAGCUUGGAGUAUAAUUGGAAAUGAUGUUACAGCAGCUAUAUUGGAAUCAUGGAGAAUGUCAAAUUGUUAA